AAUUCUGCAAGUGGUUCUGAUUUGCUAUCGCUGUUCUCUAGCUGGUCUAAAACCACUUUUGACCUAAAGGGAUACUUUUUGGACGCCAUGGACGUUUCUCAGUUUCCAGGCAAUAAGAACAGUAAAAAUGCAGGCAGGGCACAGGACAAAGCACUCGGGAAAAAAUGUAUGUGAAAUGGUUUGAUAGAUGAAUGUCACUUUUUGUCAUUUUCAAAUUUCCUGCCGUUCCGUCCCCCGUACGUCCCGACGUUGCAUGGGACGGAACCCAGAUGACAGAUGUCGGCAUCCGCCGGAUUACAUUGCUGGGGACACUGCAAGAGGGGACA